AUGGCGCCAGAUAUCAUCCGCGAUUCGACUAUCGGCCAGUGGUUCAACCGCUUCACACACGGCCACUUCUUACCCUUCGCAGACCAACGCCCUCACUACGUUCUUCCGGAACGCUAUCGCGCUGCUUUGGAUGCCUCUACCGUCCGUGAUCCUUUCGAUGAUACCGCCGCUGCUGCUUCUAUCGAUGAGAGCAGAAGCAACCGUGCCGCUUCUUCGUUGCAUGACAUUCCCGAGGAAGAGGAGGAUGAUCCUGCCGGCGAGCGAGACCCCGAUCCCCCCCAGGUGGUCUUGGACUUUGAUACGGGUCGAGUCAGUGUCGAGCACCCUAUAUCCCCACCUGCACCUCCGGUUCCCCGGAUACUCAUCUCCGACCUCGACAUCGACAAGGGCGAUGCGAACGAUAGAGCCGUCAGACCCUCCGCGCCUCUCGUGAAGAACCCUUUCCUCGUCGAGUUCGAGGACAACGACCCUGAUCGUCCGAUGAACUGGUCGAAAGGAAAGAAGAGCUUUGUCGCUAGCUUGAUUGCGUUCCUCACAUUCAGUGUAUACAUCGGUGGACCAAUCUUUACACCCUCCAUUCCGGGUCUGCUGGAUACUUUUGAUAUCUCUCCAGUCGUUGCAACCCUCGGGCUAUCGUUGUUCGGUGAGUACUUCAUAUGCUGGAAAGGAUGCAUUUCGGCUGGGGGGGAUGUCUUCUUUGUGGUUGUACUGGUUAGGCAACUAGGUCGUGUUACAACCCAUAACGACAAUUACAGUGGGCUCAUGACUUGCCCUCCGUCUUUGCAGUGCUCGCUUACGGCAUCGGGCCUAUGUUCCUCGCCCCCCUUCAAGAGAUGCCUCGACAGGGCCGAACCCCUGUCUACAUCAUCGGCCUCCUCUUCUUCUUUCUCUUCCAAUUCCCCAUUGUGUUCGCACCAAAUAUGGCGACAAUCCUCGUCUUCCGCUUUGCCUCUGGUUUCGUCGGGUCACCCGCAAUAGCGACAGGAGGUGCGUGCCUCCAUGCCUCCGCACGACCUGUGUGUGUCCUUGAAGUCAGAAACUCACACCCUUUGAAUUGAUAAUGUAAAAGGGGCUAGCAUGUUCGACCUUUUUGGUCCCCGACAUGCUCCGAUUGCUAUCGGCGUCUGGAGCAUAGGAGCGGUAUCUGGCCCCGUACUUGGCCCCGUAAUCGUAAGCCACGAUCAGCUCAACUUAGGAGUCGGCCAACCGCGACUAACUUUCAGCUCUGCGUUCAUCAUCUCGAAGGGAUCAUUCGCAGCGCAAGCCAAAGGAUGGACCUGGCCGAACUGGGAGCUGAUGUGGAUCUCUGGUUUCGCCUUCCUCGUACUCUCCUUCCUACUCCCCGAGACGCUCGAGUCAACAAUCCUCAUCCGCCGGGCUGAGCGCCUCCGCCUCCGCACGGGUGACAGUCGUUUCCGGACCCAGGCAGAGAUCGACGCCAUUGCAGGGGAGACUUUCAUUCAACUGGCCCGGAGUAAUCUGAAACGUGCGUUCCAGCUUACUGCUGAGCCCGCGGUGCUCUUCGCCAACUCGUACACCGCCUUGGUGUACGCCUGCUUCUACCUCUGGUUCGAAGCCUUCCCGAUCCUUUACAACGAGACGUAUCGCUUCUCCCUCGGUAUCUCUGGUCUACCUUACCUGGCCUUUAUCGUUUCUGGCGUCAUCACCUUUGCGCUCUACGUUGUCUACGUGGUUUACCACCUCAAUCCGCGAAUGGAUCGACCCGGCUUUGUCCCCGAAGCACGCCUCGAAAUCGGAGUCAUCGCCGGCCUCUUCAUUCCCGUGUCACUCCUCAUGUUCGGCUGGGCUGGCGAGGAAGAAACACACUGGAUCGUCCCCACAAUCGGAGCGGGUCUAUACCUUCCCGGCAUCUUCCUCAUUUUUCAAUGCAUCCUCGUAUACAUCUCGAGCUCCUACCCACCCGCGUUGGCGGGGUCAAUCCUGGCAGGCAACGAUCUCUUCCGUUCGAGUUUCGCCAGUAUGUUUCCCCUCUUCGGAGCUUACUAUUUCAACGCGCUCGGGCUCGGGGUGGGGUGUUCGGUGCUGGCAGGGCUGACCUUCAUCAUGGUACCCUUAUUGUACCUCUUGAUCCGAGCCGGGCCUAGUCUUCGGGCGAAGUCCAAGUGGAUUCAAUAG